AUGCCGGAGGCGCCCCCGUCACCCGACGACAUCGGUGACAUCCCAUCCGUCGUCGCCACCCGCGGCCGCCACGCCACGAUGAUGGGCGCGGCCGGGCCGGCGUUCAGGGACGGGCGGAGGACGCUGGGGCGCCACGUGGACGACUUUCAGCAGCAGCAGCAGCAGCAGCAGCAGCAGCGGGGGCAGCCGCCGCCGACGCUCCUCGCGACGGGCGCGUCCGUCGGGCCGCUGCCGCCGCGGCCGUUCGGCGGGCAGAUCGGGCUGCACGCGAAUGGCGCCGCCCCGCGGCCGCCCCACCCCGGCGCCGCGCCGCCGCCGCGGCAGGGGCAGCUGCCGCAGCCGCCGCCGCCGCACCUGGUGCCGGAAAACCUGCUGCCCCCCACGCCGUUCGCCGCGGCCGAGUCCCCCGCGCCCCGGCCGCACCACCACAACCACAGCCACCCCCAGCAGCAGCAGCAGCAGCAGCGGCAGCAGCACCAGCAGCAGCACCAGCAGCAGCAGCAGCAGCAGCAACCUCGGAUUCGCGCCGCCAGCCUGGAUGAUGACGAGGAGAUGCUCCUUGCAAACCUCGACGACUCCCCGCCCCGCGGCGCCGCCGCCGCGGCCAACGCCGCUGGCUCGCGGCCGUCCCCUGAAUACUCACCCCCUGACCCUGUCUACUCCCCCAAACGAGACGACGCCGGCGGCGACGAGGACGGCCCGCCGCUGCAGCUGCUGGGGUCUGGGGCCUCGGCGCUGGUUGCGGCGCGGCGGCGGCCGUUGCUGGACGCUGACGAGGAGGCUGGCGGGGACGAGGAGGACGACGUGUACGCGGGCGUGUACUACAACCCGAGCGAGCUGGGCGGCAUCGACGAGAUCUGA